AUGAUUAGCUUGAUUUGGAACUGUCAAGGGGCGGCGUCGGGAGCAUUUCGCCGCACCUUCAACCAGUUUGUUAGGUUGCAUAAACCAGCCAUAGUCUGCCUCUUAGAACCAAAGGUGUCAGGAAGCCAGGCAAAUGGCAUUUGUUCAUGUUUUGGUUUUUCUGAAUGGGUUAGGAUAGAGGCUAUUGGGUUUUCCGGGGGAAUUUGGCUCUUGUCGGUUGUUUAUGGCAGCCCCAACAUGCAAUUGCGCAGGAAGCUAUUUGCAGAUUUAUCUAGUCAAGAUCUUGGUUUGCAAGGACCUUGGUUAUCGGUAGGAGAUUUCAACUCGGUCUUAAAGAAGGAGGAAGUAAGCAACUCGGACACAUUCAAUACAGCAAGGUGCACUGACUUCUCCGAUUGGAUCUUUAGAGAAGGUUUAAUCGAUCUCGGCUUUACGGGGUCACCCUUCACCUGGAUGAGAGGUAUUAAUACAACAACCUUCAAAGGGGCAAGAUUGGAUAGAGCUCUAGCAAAUGGGGAUUGGAGGAUAAGAUUCCCGGAAGCGCGAGUAGAGCAUCUCCCGAUGAUAGCCUCCGAUCACUGCCCGCUACUGAUAGACACAUGUGCUUCUUCCUUAUAG